ACCCUGAAACCUGGGCAAUGGGUACUCGGCUUUUUAACUCAAGUCCCCGAGUUAACAGAUUCUAGGACCUUGUUCCCAAAUGCUAUUUUGGGGGAAGGUUAUUUUCAGAAAUAUCCUCAAGAGUAAAAUGAAUUGCUGAUUCUACCGUCAUUGCAAGGAACUUCACAGACAAGGAUCCCCAGGUGUUUCAUAUUUUCUCUCAGUGUUUAAUUUGAUGAAGGCCAUCAUGGGAAGUGGCACCCUUGGCUUAGCUUUUGUUAUGGCUAAUACUGGUAUCCUUGGAUUUAGUUUUUUGCUGCUGAUAAUUGCUCUUCUGGCUUCUUUCUCAGUUCAUCUCCUGCUUACUAUGUGUAUUCAGACAGCUGUGACAUCUUAUGAAGAUCUUGGACUCUUUGCAUUUGGAUUAUGUGGAAAGGUGGUGGUGGCAGGCACCAUAAUAAUCCAGAAUAUUGGAGCUAUGUCAUCUUAUCUUUUAAUUAUUAAGAUAGAACUUCCUACAACUAUUUCAGAAUUUUUGUCUGGAGACCAUAGUGGGUCUUGGUAUCUUCAUGAACACACACUACUAAUAAUCAUUUGUGUUAUCAUUGUGUUUCCUCUUGCUCUUCUUCCUAAAAUAGGCUUUCUUGGCUACACAAGUAGUUUAUCAUUUUUCUUUAUGGCAUUCUUUGCUCUUGUGACAGUAAUUAAAAAGUGGUCUAUCCUUUGUCCUCUGACAUUAAAUUCUAUAGAGCAGCAUUUCCAGAUUUCAAAUGCUACAGAUGAUUGUAAACCAAAGCUCUUUCAUUUCUCCAAAGAGAGUGCUUAUGCGAUACCAACCGUGGCUUUUUCAUUUCUCUGCCAUACCUCAAUAUUGCCCAUUUACUCUGAACUUCAAAGCCCUUCAAAGAAAAGAAUGCAGGAUGUAAGCAAUACCGCAAUUGCUUUAAGUUUCCUUGUUUAUUUUGUAUCAGCGCUCUUUGGGUACCUCACUUUUUAUGACAAAGUGGCGUCUGAUAUACUCCAAGAUUAUAAUAAAUACUUGCCUCAUGAUGUUGUUAUCAGGACUAUGAAGUUAUGUGUACUGUUUGCUGUGCUUUUGACAGUCCCUCUAAUCCACUUCCCUGCAAGGAAAGCUUUAAUGAUGAUGUUUUUCUCCAAUUUUCCAUUCUCAUGGGUUCGCCAUUUUUUGAUCACGCUAGCACUCAAUAUUAUCAUUGUCUUACUGGCAAUAUUUGUCCCUGACAUUAAGACUAUAUUUGGUGUAGUUGGUUCCAGCACAUCCACGUGUUUGAUUUUUGUGUUCCCAGGACUUUUUUACCUGAAACUUAGCAGAGAGGAUUUCCUCUCAUGGAAAAAGCUUGCGGCCUUUGCUUUUCUCAUCUUUGGAAUUUUGAUUGGGACUUUUACUUUUGCCCUCAUCGUUUUUAAUUGGAUUAAUAAUAAAUGAAAGAUAACUUUUCCCAUUUCUUGUGAAGAAUUCUUUACCUCCAUAUGCAAAAAGGGGCAAUUCUGGAAGGCACCUUGGAUGAAUGCUGUAUAUGGGUUAACAUUUUUGUAAGCAUUCUUAACAGAAAAGUGAAACAGCAUGGAAGUGGGCAAGGAAAAGUGAGCUCAUAGCAGUUUUAAUCAAAAUAAGAAACAAACUCAGAAUACUCUUAAAUGUAUUAGGUCAGUCUUUUCUUUGUCACUUUGUGGGUCUGAUGCUUUUUUUUUUUUUUUUUGAUAAAUAGACUUAAUUUUUUAGGGUAGUUUUAAUUUUCACAGAAAUAUUGAGCAGAAAGAAGAGUCCCAUAUGUGGCUUCACCCCCAAAACAUCCAUAGUUUCCCAUAUUAUUAACAUCUUGAAUUAGUGUGGUAUAUUUAUUAUACUUGUUGAGCCAAAUAUUAUUAUUAACUUAAGUCCAUAGUUUACAUUGGGGUGCACUCUUGAUGUAAGCAUUGGCAAUCACUAAUUACUUUACUAUCUUCCUAAAAACUCUGAGCCUUUUCUAGCAUGUCAUAUAGUUGCAAUUAAAUGGUAUCCAACCUUU